CAUAAAGUUAACGUGUGGAAUUUUGCUGCAUUCGUGUUAAAUUUAAAACCACAUUUAUAUCGACAAUUUAAAUGUUAAAUUAUUAAUUGUUAUAAUUAAUUCAGUGCGAUAAGAAAUAUUUACUCCAAAAAAGAUUUUUCUCAAGAAUGGUCUUAUUAAAUAAUGAAGUGUUUCUAAAUGAGCUCACUAAGCUGUUCCAGAACGCCAGAACGACAGGAUCAGUAACAGUGACAAUGAAAAGAUACGAUGGUCGGAAAGCUCCGAAUCCUAAGGGUGGAUUAGCUAUUACAAAUCCUGAGUACAAAUGUUUAAUGAGGGCACAGUGUCAUAGUAAAAAAAUAUCAACAGUUGUUGAACAGAAAGAUGUAGAAACAUUCACAAAUGCAUACUCUAAUUUAUUAAAAACUAAUAUCAAUGGCCUAAAAAGGUUGAAGAAACCAAAAAAGAAGGCAAUGGCAGCUCAAUAAAGAACUAGCUUUGUCACAUAGACUGAGUCUAAAAUGAUGCAGAGGCAUGUUUAGUGAGGGCAGUGUCAUAGUAAAUUAAAUCCAUGUUAUUGAAAGAUGUACAAACAUUUACAAAAUGCACACUUCAAUUUACUCAAAACUAGUAUCAAUGGCUUAGAAAGGUUGAAGGAACCAAAAAAGGCAAUGGCAGCCCAAUAAAGCAGCAUCUUUAUCACAUAGAUUCGAGUCUAAGAUUAAGCAAAGAGGCGAACAACUGAUCAUGCCCAUCACCACAGCCACGGGUGGAGGUCCAUUAAAUGUGCUUUUCUCUCAAAUGAGAUUUGAAGAGUUGGAGUCUUGCCUAAAUGUCUGCUGGUAAAAGACUGUCACUACCUAAUAUUAUGAAAACUAUAAAUACAUAUAUAAACUGGA